CACCGCAGUGUGUGCGUGUGUGCUCCGCUGUCACUGCGCGCUCAGUCUGCGCUGCCGCACAGCAAUCAGGUGGUGAAAUGUAGCCCAAGUUAACGCGGGCACAGACUCUGCGGGAUAAUGUGGCUCUACCAUGGCGAGGAAACGGUGUAUGAUCGCACCGAGGACCAGCGCACACACACAGACUAAAGAUCCGCAGCUAUGAGCUCAUCCUUCCCGAAAUCUGAAUCCACCACCUCCCUCCUGAAAUCAUCCGCAGUGGCGAGGAAACCGACACAUCUCCCCGAGAAAACAGCAGAGAGCCGGAGAAGUCAGCAUCAGCACCAGCACCAGCACCAGCAUCACCACCGUCCCGCCGCGCUCCGCAGCAGCAGCAGUAAAGCCGAGGAUUGCGACACCAGUGCCCGCAGACCCCUGUGCCACCCCUCCCUCACCGACAGCCAGGACAGCAGUGACAAUGCAGCCACGCGGGACAAGUGCAAGUCGCAUGUCCCUCACAGCCAAGUAACCGACGCGCCGAACGGCGAAGCGAGCAGAAGUGUGAGGGAGCGCGGCAGCAGGGCAUCCAAACCCGCGCAUCGGCACCACCACCGCAGGAGGCAGCCGCACAACCGGGAGGAGCGCGCGCCUCCAGCGGGGGCACCUGAACCCGAGCAUCCGCGUCCCAGUCACAUUCACACGCGCCCGCUUCCCAGGGUGCCCUCGCUGUCAGACAGCAACGAUGACCGGGCUCCUCUCUGUGAACCCAGGGGCCACAAAGGGGCCAGUUUGUCCCACAGAGGCGGCGGCGGCGGCCAGGUCGCCAGUCCCUCCCCGUCCUCCUGCUCCCUGGUCCCGCUGUCCAGCAGGUCGUCCCGUCGCUCUCGAAGGUCCAGUGCAGCCUCUUCUACGUCCGAUAUCAAUUUGCGCACCAUCCUCAAUUCACUCUUUGGGCAG